AUGUCCAAAGCAUAUAUUGAGCAGGUUGUGUGCAACUUCUUUCAACCAACUCACCCAACACCACACUCACUACACCACGUUCGACCUAAGGCUCCACCAGCACCCACUUUCAAAAUUCAGCGCCAAAACGAAACCCCCUUUUUUGCACAGACUCAGAUGUACUCGAGACCGCCACAAUACCAGGGAUACUCAGCAAACUACCCGAGCGGGUACAACUCGGAGGUUGUGAGAAUGCAGAAUUUGGCAACUUCACGAAUCAAAUUCAACGCCGGACGGACGUUUGACUCGCUCGACGACGUCGAGUUCUGCCCCAACCUCCUCGAGGAAGAACGACUCAACAAUGCAUCCCCCCAUAUGCUGACGCCCGACCAGGAGCUGCGAAACGCCAUCUCCAGACAGUACGGCGGAUCCAACUACUCGUACUCGUCCCCUCUUUCGCCCUCUCCCAGCGGCUCUGCCGGCGUGACCCGGGCCAAAAAGGCGCUUGAGAUCAUCGAUCCCGCCACCGGACGAGCUUCCACCCCUACCAACAUGGAUACCGGCUCCCCUCGGAAGCUCUAG